UUUUGUUUACCAAAUUUUGACAGCUGCUUCACAGCAUCAUAACAAAGUUUCACGCAGUGCGACUCUGCUUACGCUCGGUUUCCCCGAUUUGCGUUACAACGAUGGGCUCAAGGGACGAAUGUACGUUCGAAAUAACAAUUACCAACUUCAGUACCUGCUGCCGGCUCUGCUUAUCGUCGAACGAGUCUGAUCAUUACUUUGACAUCUCCAAAACAUUGCUUGCAUCGGAUAAUGAUAUCACAUUGAUAGAAGCUAUACAGAAGGUUACCAGCAAUGAGAUACUUUUAACCAGCAAGCUUCCUUCGAAGAUCUGCAAAUUGUGUUCCACCCGUCUGGACGAUGCGUAUUGCUUCAUUCAAGAUUUUUACCGCACUAAUGAGAUGCUACAAAAUUAUCUCGACGAGGAAGCACUCGAGUCGAACGCUGAGGAACAAAAUGCCGACAGCUAUGCCUCAGCCGAAAAUGAUGAAAUACACAUGGAAAUCGAACAAGAUGAAGAGUUGAACGAACACCAGCAAACGGGCGAGAAAGAAAGCGAACCGAACGAUUGUUUGGAGAGUGAAAAGCGUGCCCUAACAGCAGUCGAGAUCGUACUGCAGCAGAUUGGCACAAAAGUGCCCGAGCCUAAACCUCGUUCGGAACCUCGUGCCACCACCGCGCACCAUUGCAACGUAUGUGAUAAAACGUUCCUGCGGCGGUCCAACUUGGUCGAUCAUUUGCGGCUUCAUGCACAGGUCAAGAUGUACGAGUGUGAUUACUGUGACAAAAGUUUCGUCCAGUCCGGCAACCUGAAAUCGCACCUGCGGACGCACACGGCUGAAAGACCGUUCGAGUGCAACAUAUGCGGCAAAGCGUUCACGCAAUCGAGCGCCAUGAAGACGCACCUGUUAACGCACACGAACGUUAAACCGUUUUCGUGCGAUGUGUGCGACAAGGCAUUUACCAGCAGCUCCGAUCUGAACAAACACAAACGGACCCACACCGGGCUGAAACCGUACCAGUGCAUUAUCUGUGCGAAUCGGCACUUCACGCAGAAGGUGCACUUACGGAACCAUCUGACCCGUAUGCACCCGACUAGCAAUAUAGCGAAGGCGCUGGAAUUGGGAAUUGUAAAAUGAAAGCAAAACAAAUGUUGAUGUCACAGAACCGUUUACCGAUCUGUUUGAAUAGUUUUUCCUAAUUGUGUUGAUAAUGUGCAUUAGUUAUUUCUUGAUAUAUUUGGAAUAAUAAAGCCCAUUACACACAAUCA